AUGCGAAUGAGGCUGUUUCCAUUUUCCCUAGCAGGAAAAGCCAAAGAAUGGAGGAGAACAUUGCCCCCAAAUUCCAUCACUAGUUGGGAGCAACUAGCUGAACAGUUUGUCACCCGAUUUUUCUCCCAAGCAAAACAAGCCCAAGUGAGGGCUGAUAUAGCAUCUUUCCAAAUGUAUGAUGGAGAAAGUCUUUAUGAAGUGUGGGAGCACUUUAAGGAAUUAAUACGAAUUUGCCCAAAUCAUGGAGUUUCUGAUUGGGGCAUUAUUCACACGUUUUAUCAUGGCUUAACCCCACCCUUGAAAGCCACUGUUGAUGCGGCUGCAGGGGGAGAUCUUUUGGAUUUUACUUAUCCGGAAACCUACCGGUUGUUGGAAAAACUUUCAAAAAAACAUGUUCAAUGGCCUUCCACACGGAACAAUGCUUCCAAGAAAGCAGGAGUUCUUGAGCUAAGCUCAACUGAUGCUCUUUCAGCACAGAUGGCUUCGCUCCAGAAUACUAUAAAAAAUUGGAAGCCCAUGGAACAGAAAAAACCAACCGAGUGGUUAGAUAAUAACAACAGGAGCAAUGAUAAUUAUCAAGGGAACAACAACCGAGGAUGGAAGAGUCAGAAUAAUGCUGGAGGUAGUGGAGGAAGCUACCAGAACCGACCCCCAUAUCCCAGGCAGAACCAUCAAAACUGGGAUAAGGGUGAAGGGAAGUCCCAAUCCUUUGAGACUUUUGUCAAGGAAUACAUGAAUCAAAACAGUGCAGCCAUGAGGAGCCUGGAGACCCAAAUUGGUCAGUUGGCUGGAGCACUCAAACAGAGACAACCAGGGACACUCCCUAGUGACACAGAAAAACCGUCCCAGGAAAACCAGGAGCGUUGUAAUGCUAUAAGCUUACGAGAUGGAAAAACUCUGCCACCUCCAGAUUUAGUGGCACGAUCUCGUAAACGCGAACUAGCAAGACAACCUAUGGAAGAAGGAGUUGAGGAAGCUACUGACCCUCAACCCCUUGAAGCUCAGACAGAAUCAAGGGAGAAGGUCCAGAACGAUGAUCUCACUGAAGUCACACCAGUUGCCACAACAUCUGGAGCAGAUGUUGGAGCAAUGAAAGACAAUGAACCAGUUUCAGUCCCAACUUAUGUUCCACCAUGCAAAAGGAGGAGUGAACCAAUUGAGCCUCCUUUUCCACAGAGGUUAAAAAAACAACAUGAAGAUAGGCAGUUUAGCAAGUUUUUAGACUUGUUGAAACAACUUCACAUAAAUGUCCCUCUGGUGGAGGCUCUGGAACAAAUGCCUUCGUAUGCAAAAUUUAUGAAGGACGUUUUGUCAAAAAAAAGAAGGAUUGAGGAAUUUGAGACUGUAGCCCUCACUGAAGAAUCAUGCAAAUACCUGACUAAGAUUCCUCCCAAACUGAAGGACCCUGGAAUAUUACCACCAUCCCGUGUACAGUUGGGAAGAACUACCUUGGUCGAGCACUUUGUGAUCUGGGCUCGAGUGUAA